AUGAAUACAUCGAAUCACGAAAUUACUAGAGAUGCUGCAUAUCUUAUUCAAUCUCCAACAGGAACAGGAAUUCUUAAUCUCACAACAGCAUUCAAUACAUCAUCUAAAGAAGAAGCAGGAAUGUUUAAUUAUGAUGGAACAUUUAAAAUUACAAAAUGCAAUUAUUUAAGUAAUACAUAUACAGGAAGUGAUAAUGGAAUAAUAUAUUGUAAUAAUCAAUGUACAUUUUUAGAUUGCAGUUUUAUGAAUAAUAAAGGAAAUAAAUUCUUUUCUGGAAAUCCAAGUAUUAAUCAUUGUUAUUUUAAAGAUAAUGAAGUAAGUGAUUAUCCAAACAAUAUUAAUUCAGUUGAUCCAUUAGAUUCAUUUAUUUCUCAUUAUACAACAGAUAAAUGUUAUGAUACAUAUUAUUUUUAUUAUAGAAAUGAUAAUAUCAAUCUUCCAAAUUUUGAAGUUAAUGUAAUCAGAUCAUACAAAAGAUAUGAUCAUGAAAAUGAAGAAGAAGGUAACGAAAAUGAAAUUAAUAACAUCCAAAACAUUGCAUUAAAUGUUUAUAAAACAUCAUUUGCAGAAGUAUUAAACUUACCUACAUUAUUUUCAUAA